GCCAGGCUACCAGUGGGGAAGGAUCUCAUCUGGAGAUCCCUCCUGGUGUUUUGUGGUGAACUCAGCAUAAAGGCUGCUAAAUCACUCACACAGGGCUGUCUGGAAUGGUACAGCUACCUCCCAACAGCCUCCUUUGGAGCAUGUCCAUUCUGGGUAGAGGUGCCGGCACGUUUGGCUAACCAAGGCAAAACCCUUCACAUCGGGUCGCAUCUAGGUGCUACCCAUGCUCACCUGCACCAGGAAACGACAGCAAUCAGGAAAGGUUCAACUCCAAGACGCUUACAGCUGCUACCGACCAUCUUCUCCAAUGCCUGCACCAGCUACUCUGCCAUUAAGCAAAGCGAUGCUCGGAGGCCUCGCAACGGAGGUCCUUGGCAGGUGAGGGGCAGCGGCCUGAAGGGGCGGAAGCCCGAUCUAGGCAAAGGGCCUCCGCGAACGUGGGGCCAACACUGUGCUGAGCGGUCAGAACCGGGGAGAAACGCCCGGCGUCUGCAGCGCCCUCGCCUCAGCGGCGGCGGGGCGCGACGCAGGCGGUUCAGGGAGGGGCGUGGCCCCGCGAGCACAGGUGAGGCCGGAGGGGGCGCGGCCUCGGCUUCCCCUUCAGGUGCGAGCGGCUCGAGGCGGCGGCGCCGUCGCUCUUCCACCAUGGCAGCCCCCGGAGGUCUGGGCCGCUGCGUGGCCGCCUUCUGGCUGGCUCUGGCCUUCGACGCGGUGGGUUUGGCGGUGCUGCUGGCCGGGGUGUUCGCCGACGUGUUCUUCGCCGACUUACUAAUCUACGCGGGCGGUAUCGGCAUCUUCCUCAGCCUCAUCUGGUGGGUGUUCUGGUACGCGGGCAACCUAGAGGUGUCGCCAGAGGAGCUGCGCGACGACGUGGGGCUGGCACCGCCCAAGGGCCGUGGGGAUAGCGUACUGCGGGGUUUGGUGCACGGCUUCAGCCUCCGCUUCUCUUCAGUUCUCGGCACAGCGUCUCGUUCCCGCCGCGCCGCCGACCUGGAGCUGCAGCGCCCCCGCGGCCUGCCGCGCCGCCCCGCCGACGGCAACAGGAUCUGCUGAAGACAAGCCUGUUGAAGUUAUUGCCUCUAAAAGAGGUGAAACUGCUACAAUUCAUGGAAGGAGAAAUCUGUAUUCCAUGCAGUAAGAUUCUUUCAUGUGGAAUAAU